AUGGCCAAGAAUAACCUCACCACAGUAGCUGAGUUCAUUCUCACAGGUUUUACUGGUCAUCCGAACCUGGAGACGCCACUCUUCCUACUCUUUCUCAGUUUCUAUCUUGUCACCCUUCUGGGGAAUCUGGGGAUGGUGGUUCUUAUCCAAGUGGAUGUCCAGCUCCACACUCCAAUGUACUUCUUCCUGAGCCACCUCUCCCUGAUAGAUGCCUGCUACAGCUCAGUCAUCACCCCUCAGAUCCUGGCCACACUGGCCACAGGCAAAAUGGUCAUCUCCUAUGGUCGUUGUGCUGCCCAGUUCUUCUUCUUCACCAUCUGUGCAAGUACAGAGUGUUUCCUGCUGGCAGUGAUGGCCUAUGACCGCUGUGUUGCUAUUAGCAACCCACUGCUCUACGCAGUGACCAUGAAUCCCAGAAUCUGCUGGAGUUUGGUGCUGGGAGCCUAUGUCUGUGGGAUGUCUGGGGCCAUCCUGAGAACCACGUGCACCUUCUCCCUCUCUUUCUGUGAAGACCAGAUCAACUUCUUCUUCUGUGACCUCCCGCCCCUGCUGAAGCUUGCCUGUGGUGACACAAUGAACGCUGAGAUCAUCAUUGUCUUCUUUGGCAACUUUGUGAUUUUGGCCAAUGCCUUGGCCAUCCUCAUUUCCUACCUGCUCAUCAUCAAGGCCGUUUUGAGGGUGAAGUCUGCAGGUGGCAGGGCCAAGACUUUUUCCACAUGUGCCUCUCACCUCACUGCUGUGGCCCUUUUCUUUGGGACCCUCAUCUUCAUGUAUAUACGAAGCGGCUCAGGCAAAUCACUGGAGGAAGACAAGGUGGUGUCCGUCUUCUACACUGUGGUCAUCCCCAUGCUGAACCCUCUGAUCUACAGCCUGAGGAACAAGGAUGUGAAAGCUGCCUUCAGAAAGGUCACCAGUAGAUUCCAGGUGUCCCAGAGUGGGUAG